AUGUCCCUGACUCACCAAGCCCCCCAGCAUGACCCCAUGGCCUCCCCUUCCACCCAGAGCACCAGCAGCAGUGGUGGAGUCCCAGAAAUGUCCCUGGCUCAACAAGCUCCCCAGCAUGACCCUGUGGCCUUUCCUUCCACCCAGAGCACCAGCAGCAAUGGUUCAGAAUCAAAAACCUCCCUGGCUUUCCAAUCCUUCCAGUAUGACACUGUGGCCUCCUUCUCUGUCCAGUGCUUCAGCAGCAGUGGUGGAGACCCAGAAACCUUCCUGGCUCACCAAGCCCCCCAGCAUGACCCUGUGGCCUCCCCCUCCACCCAGAGCAGCAGCAGCAGUGGUGGUGAUGCAGAAACAUCCCUGCCUCCCCCCCAGCAUGACCCUGUGGCCUCCCCCUCCACCCAGAGCACCAGCAGCAGUGGCAGAGACCCAGAAACGUCCCUGGCCCAGCGACAACCAUCGCAGGAAGCCAGCGUUGUCCAAGCUGGGCAGCCUGAGGCUGUGAUGUCAGCCUCACCAACAAGAAGCUGGGGCUGCCGCAGGGCUGCCAGACCAUGCACCUUUCAAUUCUGUUAA